AUGGUUCAUCUGGAUGAGCUCGACGCAAUUGCUAUACAGGCGCUCUCUGAGUUAGGCGUUACACUGGACUCACCACUACCACUUGUUACACCAACCAUCCCAGUCGCAUCUCAAAAUCGCCCUCUCCGCCGACGAAAGAUACAGACAAUCUACCUCCUCCGCCUCGAAUACCCCCUCCCCACAGCCCGCGCUGUAGCAAACGCGCUUACACUCCCCUGCGUUCCCCAAACAAGCAUUGCAAGCGCCGAAGUCGACACCGCCCAUUUCAUCCACCUCACACAGUCCGACGUCACCGCGCUCGAAUCCUGGACCGCCAUCCACCACCUCCGCAAACGGUGGACGAAGUUGCGCCUCAACAAGGCGCACAAGGACCCUGUUCCUCCCGCUCCUCGGCCGCGAUCCCACGCUCCCGCAUCACCGGCCUUGGCCUGCCCUGCGCGCCUCUCGGGCUUAUUCGAAGUCCCCGUUUCCUCGCUCUCCCUGUUGGAGCUUGCUACGCUAGUCGAUGGGCGCAUUCGCAUCUGGGCUGGUAAAUACAAUGCGCUUGCCGAUUGCCCGGGUGAGCGUAUUGAAGGGUGUGCGUAUGUUGUCACGUCGCAUGAGGAGGAAGAGGCGUUGAUAUUGUACGAGGGUGAUGGCUACGAGGUUGUUGCUGCGCGGUUUGUUGCUGGUGGAACCGAGGUGCUGGGCCGUACGUUUCGGUUCGCAGGUUGUGAGGGUGAGUUGGGUGGAUAG